AUGGAGUACAUGGUAGAAAUGCGUGAUAGGGGGUGCAUGCACAUAGCUACAGAAUACACUGCAUGCCGUAGUGUGUCCUUUUCCCAAAGAUUAGUGAAAGAAUACGAAGAGAGCCAGUGCUUGAACAUGGCAACAACUGAAUCUUACGAGUAUGAAUGUAAGAAGGGGCUCUGGAAUACGGAGGAAGACACGGUUCUAAUCAAUUACGUAAAGAAGCAUGGAAAGGGGAAGUGGAGCCGGAUUCCUAAAGUAACAGGGUUGAAGAGAAGCGGCAAAAGUUGCAGACUAAGGUGGAUGAAUUAUCUAUCUCCUGAUGUUAAGCGUGGGGAUUUCUCAGAGGAAGAGGAAGACCUUGUAAUUCGGCUUCACAAUCUCCUUGGAAACAGGUUCUUUCUUAUUAGACCAAUUCUUAUAAAAGUAAAUCAUGUGUCAUAUAUACGACAUGAGACAUUUUACAUUGGUGAUUAUUAUGGUACUCACAAUAAAUUAAAGAAGAUGGUGCACUUGUUAAGGUGGUCUUUGAUUGCGGGGAGGAUUCCGGGAAGGACAGACAAUCAAGUGAAGAACUUUUGGAACACUCAUUUAAGCAAGAAGCUUAGUGACGAUAAGAAGAAAAAGAGCAAAGUUUGGGUCACCCCAAAAUGUACGCGUACAGUUGAGGCAGAUGAUAAUUGCAAUAGUGCAUCAAAGGGGACGAGUGACGAAGCUAACAAGCUUGUCCAUGAAAAUUGUUGGAGUGAUGAUCUAAUGGACUUCUCAAGCAUGCAUGAGGGGUUUAUGACAGAUGAUAUUGGAUUGGUAGACGGUACUGGGGAUCUGAGUCGGUAUUUCAGUUCUAUCCUUUUCAGAUCCCAACACUAUCAUGCCAACCAUAAUGAGCUUCAGCUCUUCUUUUGGACUACAAUGGUUCAACAUUCAAUGAUUUACUAUAUACAGCGCUGGUGCGUACACCACGGAGCGGUGAUGCGUGGCUUUAUCUUGCAGUCAUUAAAUGCCAAUUCUAUCACUAACGAGAGAGCCAGUGCUUGA